GUGGACAUGCUGGAGAACCAGAUCAUGGAUUUCCGCAUGAGCCUGGUGAUGGUCUGCUACAACCCCGACUUCGAGAAGCUCAAGCCGGGCUACCUGGAACAACUCCCGGGCAAGCUGAAGCUCUUCUCCAACUUCUUGGGGGACAGAAAGUGGUUUGCGGGGGAGAAGCUCACCUUCGUGGACUUCCUCAUGUUUGACGUGCUGGAGCAGAACCGCAUCUUCGAGCCCAAGUGCCUGGAGCCCUUCAAGAACCUCAAGGACUUCAUGGAACGUUUUGGGGUGAGCGGGACGUCCUGA